AGAGUAUAUUAGUUGGCUGUAACGUCAUGAUGAGCUGGUCGAUUAUGAAACUACCAUUCGCCCUCGCGGCAAUACUUUUGCUGCACGCCGUUGGUGCCCAAAAGAACGCCUGGUCCUGGAAUGCAGAAGAAGACAGCCAGCCCAAACCAUCUAUCGACCUCACCGACGAAAUCAAAACGCUUCAAGGGGACUUCCAAGACGACUUCCAAGCCUCUCCCAGCGAGUACUCAGAGUCUAGCGUCACGUUGAACACCACCUCCGCAGAUAAAGUCAUCGACGAAAUUCUGAGUUCUACAAGGCAAGGCAGAGCCCUAGACGGAUUCGACGAGCUUUACAGUGAUCCCAAUGUACAAGAGGCGCUCCAGAAGGGAGAUGAUGGGGAGGCGAGGAAUGUUAUCAAGGAUCGUCUGUGUUAUCUGGGUCUCAUGCAGUGUGAAGGUGGAGAAGAAGUCGAAGGAAAACGACCAUACAUCUCUCCAGAAGAACUCAUCUACGCCCAACCAGUCGCAAUAAAUCCAGUUGGCAGACCAAUCCCCACCAUCCCAGUGAAAGGAAACAGAGCAGGCUACGGCCCCCCAAAACCAGUCCCCUAUCCAUCAUCUCAAUUCUCUCGACCCCCAGGACCACCAGGCAAAUACGGGCCUCCUAACAAAUUCGGACCCCCAAACAAAUUUGGCCCUCCACCUCCAAAUUACCAGGGUAAGCCUCCACGUCGCCAAUACGGACCAAUUCCCAGUAAACCCUACUACGAGAAACCAACAUUCAACGGGGAGAUAUACGAGAGCUCAGAUUUUCUGUCCAGGCCUCCAGGCUUCCAGCAGCCCUUAGAACCUGAACUGCCCUACAAAUUCGAACAAGGUGCUCAUCAAUCUGCUCACCACAAAGACAAGAGGGUGGAAAUAACUGUGAACGCUCAAGGAGGUGCUGCUACUGCAGUCGGAGGUGCCACAAGUGGUGCCAACGCCGUUGAACACGUCCAUCAUCAUUACCAUCAUAAUCUUGAAGGUGCCAAUAAACCCACAGUAGUAGUGAACCCGAUUCCCAUCGCUGCAGCUGCUGUUUCAACCUCAACUGAUUUCAACUCGAACUCUUUCACUUCCUCUAGCUCUUUCGGUAACGUGAACUCUUUCAAGCCCAGCCCGAGUUUCUCUGAAGGCCUUAGCAGCUACGCAGGGUCUUCAGGAUCUGGUUUGACAAUUGGUGGAACCCCGGGUGCCUAUGGACCAACCAUCGGAGGAGGCGGACUUUCUAGUGUGAGCUUGAAUGGAGGUCUGGGUUCCUCUGGAUUAUAUAGUGGACAGAGCAGUACUUCUGGUGGUUUCGGGCAAACCAUUGGGGGUAAUGGAUUCAGCAGUGGUACGUACGGCGGUCAAUCUAUUGCCAAUUAUGGUGCUAGCUCCUUCGAAUCGGCGAAACCAGUAGUGGAAAAUUAUGGUCCUCAACAGUUCGAUUCCUUCGGAGCUUCGGUUGGCUCAUAUGGGUCCUCUGGUCUUUACAAGAAGGAGUUCAAUCUCAACUCUGGAAACAACAACUAUCUCCAGUCGAAUUACGCAGAUAAAUAUCAAGGUGUAGAAUCAGCUAGGGCAGAAAACUUCGACUGUGUCUGUGUACCUUACGAUCAAUGUCCAACCCAUGACGUCAUUGGCCGCAAAGACGAUUUAUAUUUGCCGCUCGAUCCGAGGAGCUUGAAGAGUGAUAUUGAAGCUAUUGUCGAUGAAGAGCGUGUUAUAACUGAUGGAAAUGGAACAAUGACAGUUGUAAGAGUUGCUAAAGAUACUGGUUUGAAUGGUACUGUAGCAGAAACGGACGAUAAAGUGGAAGAGAAGAAGAUUAGUAAACGAGAGGCUCCUGUUGAGAAGGAAAAGGACAACAAAGAGGCAGAAGGUCGCCAAUUCGGCGGAUUCGGAGGUCGUCCCCAGACGUGUGGCCCUAGGCACGUCUGCUGCAGGAGGCCUCUGCGACCCAACGUGCCCCAGGUGAACAGGCAGUGCGGAACCAGGCACUCGCAGGGCAUCAACGGCCGCAUCAAGAACCCCGUCUACGUGGAUGGAGACAGCGAGUUUGGAGAGUAUCCUUGGCAGGUGGCCAUCCUGAAGAAGGACCCCAAGGAGAGCGUGUACGUCUGCGGUGGGACGUUGAUUGACCCCUUGCACAUCAUCACGGCUGCUCAUUGUGUGAAAACAUACACUGGUUUCGAUUUGAGAGUACGACUAGGAGAAUGGGACGUCAACCACGACGUGGAGUUCUACCCCUACAUCGAGCGUGACAUCGUCAAUGUGCACGUCCAUCCGGAAUUCUACGCCGGCACGCUCUACAACGAUAUUGCAAUCCUCCGCAUGGACAAACCGGUCGACUGGUCAAAACACCCCCACAUAAGUCCGGCCUGUCUGCCCCACCCCCAAGACGACUACAGUGGCUCCAGGUGCUGGACCACGGGCUGGGGCAAAGACGCGUUCGGUGAUUUCGGGAAGUACCAGAACAUCCUCAAGGAGGUUGACGUGCCUGUGAUCAACAGCGGAGUGUGCCAAAGGCAGCUGCAGCAGACCCGGCUGGGAUACGACUUCAAGCUGCAUCCAGGCUUCGUCUGCGCAGGUGGGGAAGAAGGGAAGGACGCUUGCAAGGGAGACGGGGGAGGCCCGAUGGUGUGCGAGAGGGGUGGCACCUGGCAGGUCGUGGGGGUGGUCAGUUGGGGUAUCGGGUGUGGACAGAACGGGGUGCCCGGGGUUUAUGUCAAGGUGGCGCAUUAUCUGGAUUGGAUCAGGCAGGUUACUCAGAGAUACUAGUAAUAGGUUGUUUGAGCUAGUUGUAUUUAUUUAUGUGUAGCAUUUAGUUUGUAUGAGUCGGUUUUUUAAAUUAUUGUUCGUCAUUAUUUAAGAAGUUUAAGUUAUUUUUGUACAUAUGUUAUGUUGUUUCAUAUUGUGAUAGUAGAACCAUAUUGAUGUCAACAUCUUCAUUGAAAUAAUAAAUUAACUCCACGUUC